CAUCAAUCUAACGGCGGAUCUUGUUUAGAUCGGGUACGUUGGGCAAUUCAGUGGUAAUAAAGUGAAGAUGAGGCUAUUCCUCUCGUUAAGUGUCCUUGCCUUGGUAGGCUAUUCGGUAGCCGCUGAGAAACGGUGUGCCGCGUCACCAACCACUGCCAGCGGUUCAUCUGUUAACGGAAAUAUUUUCUGCUCGGGAGAUUUGAUUUUCGAGGAUAAUUUUGAUUCGUUGGAUCAUGGCAAAUGGCAACAUGAAGUGACUUUGGGAGGUGGUGGCAACUGGGAAUUCCAAUGGUAUGUUAACGACCGCAGGAACUCAUACGUCCAGGAUGGUGUACUCCACCUUAAACCCACCUUAACAUCCGAAAUCUAUGGUGAAGGCUUCUUGACCUCUGGCACUCUUAACCUUGGUGCUGAAUGUACCAAUGGUGAAUGGUAUGGUUGCGAACGUACAGGCUCAUACGAAAACGUCCUCAACCCCAUCCGCAGUGCCCGUAUGCGUACCUUGAACUCAUUCAGCUUCAAAUACGGACGUAUUGAAAUCCGUGCUAAAUUGCCUGCUGGAGAUUGGUUGUGGCCAGCCCUUUGGAUGCUUCCAACCCACAAUGUUUAUGGUAUUUGGCCAAGAUCUGGUGAAGUUGAUAUCAUGGAAUCACGUGGUAACCGCAACUUGAUCUCGAGUGCUGGUGUCCCACUUGGUCCAGAACAAGUUGGUGCAACCAUGCACUUUGGACCAGAUUAUAGUGCCAACGGAUGGGAAACUGCUCACUUUGAAAGGCUCUCAGGUGCUGGACAAGGUUUCAACAAUGAUUUCCACCGUUAUCAAGUGGAAUGGGCUCCUGAUCACUUCACUUUCAAGGUUGAUGAUGUUGAAAUGGGAACUGUUUGGGUUGGUAGUGGUUUCUGGGAUCGUGGUCAUUUCUCCCAAAAUACUCCAUGGUUCGAAAACCCAUGGACAAAUGGUGCCAAUGAUGCUCCAUUCGAUCAACAAUUCCAUAUCAUCAUGAACUUGGCUGUUGGAGGUAUCAACUUCUUCCCUGAUGACGCCCAUAAUCCAACCAGCAAACCAUGGAAUAACCAAUCGCCAAAUGCUAUGACUCAAUUCUGGAACGCUCGCAACGACUGGUUGAGCACCUGGAACUACAACACUGGCAGCUCCGACUCUCACUUGCAAGUUGAUUAUGUCCGUGUUUGGGCUCUGUAAACACAAACUUCGAAUAAAUCGAAAAUAAAUGAAAUAUUUAGAUAAAA